GGCUGUUGGAUGCCGAUGACUUCAUCUGCCUUUCGAGUGGGUGUGAGUUUAGAAUUCAGUUGUAGCUGAUUUGUUAUCAGGCACAGUCAACCUUGCGAUGGGAUCGGAGUUUGAUCCUUGACUGCCUGUGUGCCGGCGCUCUCUCUCUCUCUCUCUCGUUCUCACUCUCUCUGUGUGAGUUCAACGUUGUUUAAAAACGUUUUUUUUUUAAAGUUUAUAAAUAUUCCCAGCGUUUGGGAGGAAGUUCGCAGCCAAGUGCACUUGGAAAGGAGGAGAGAGAGAGAGAGAGAGAGAGAGAGAGGAGGAAUUAGAUUCGCCCCAAGACUUCAAGUGAGAGUGGCGCAAGCGAUGGGGAACUGAAGACGUGGUGGUGAUAGCUUCGGUGAAACAAUCUGCAAAUAUAUAUAUAUAGAGAGAGAGAGUGGACACAUGACGUGGAACAGCACGAUGAGCAGCGGCUACAGCAGUCUGGAAGAGGACUCGGGAGAAUUCUUUUUCACUGCAAGAACUUCCUUCUUCAAGAAGCCUCAAGCUAAGGCUAGACCCGAGCGGGAUGUCGGAAAGGAACACGUGCCGCAGAAAAUACUCACAAAGGAAGAGCUCAAGCAGAAGGUCGAAUCCUACAACUCUUCCGUCACCAACCGGUUAAGAAUGAGCUGGAACACGAAUGAAGGCUACACUGGUUUCAUCAAGGUUCAGAUGGACCUGCACAGACCCAUCACCAUACGGGCCAUGUCAACUCCAGGCAGCCACGUGUAUAACAGCGUCAACGAGACAGCCUUCUACUUGCCAAAGGAUACCGUCAACACACUGCACAUCAGCAGCUGCAACACGGUCAAGGACGUGAUCCAGGCGCUGCUGAAGAAGUUUACGGUGCUGGAUAACCCCGCCAAGUUUGCACUCUUCCAGCAGUUCUACGUGGGGGAUCAGGUUCACUCGCACAAGCUGUCAGAUGGAGAGAACCCCCUCUACCUGCGCCUGCUUGCCGGACCCGACUCGGAUGCCUUGAGCUUUGUACUGCGAGAGUACGAGACCGGGGAAGUCUUGUGGGAGGCCUUCAGCCUGCCGGAGCUGCAGAACUUCCUGCGGAUGCUGAGCAAGGAGGAAGAGGAUCAGUUCAAGCUGCUGGAGAAACGCUACAUGACCUACAGGGCCAAGCUGGAGGCCGCCUUGAGAUCCACGGGAAAACCGGAUUAACCCCGGAGUAACGGCAAGCGGUGCCUGGUCCCAGUGUUGGGAAGCUGUGGACAGAGGGAUGCGUGCACGUGUAGUCAACAGGGAGUUGACCUUCAAACCUGAAGACCUCUGUUUCAGCGGGAGGACUUAGUUGGUUGAACCAACCGUGGAACAUUGGACCCAAUGGACUAGAGCCAGACUAUCUCACCUUGUGCGGCCACCAAUUUUGCUGGGCAAUUCGUGAAGGGUAUUCGGCAGCCGGCAAACGUUGGACGUGCUUCAACGCCAGUGAGAUCUCCUUGCGUUGACCUCGUGCGCAAAGUAUUUAUGGCGGUGGUUCUAACACGCCAGCAUUCACACAGCCUGAUGCCUUAGCAAAGCCCCUGACCUCCAUGGCCUCCAUGUUCUGCUUGUGUAGAGGGACCAUAAUGACUGCAUUCAACAUGAUAACUCUGCAACUUGAGAACUCACGGGGAACCAUCUUUAACGGUUCCUGCACAACCCGCAAAUUUACAGUGCCGAAUGUUUUAAGAUUCAAUGUUCAAUGUUAUAUUUUAAGGACACUAAAAUCGAGACGUACAGCAUUGAAACAGGCCCAUUUUAAGGACAGUAAACCAGACUCAUACAGCGCGGGAACAGGCCCAUUUUAAGGAAGUAGAGACAUACGGUGUAGGAUCAGGCCCAUUUUAAGGAUAGGAAGCUACACGUGAAAAUUAUGACAAGGGAGGCAAAGCGGUUGAGACGGGUUGAAACACCCAAGAUGAUCACCUAGUUUGGGCAACACAGCGGUGCAGCGGUAGAGUUGCUGCCUUACAGCGCCGGAGACCCGGGUUCGAUCCUGACUACAGGUGCUGUCUAGGGAGUUUCCUCCUACACUCCAAAUACAUACAGGUCUGUAGGCUAAUUGGCUUCGGUAAAAAUUGUAAAUUGUUCCUAGUGUGUAGGAUAGUGCGAGUGUACGGGGUGAUUGCUGGUCGGCACAGACUCGGUGGGCCGAAGGGCCUGUUUCCGAGCUGUAUCUCUAAAGUUUAUUGCCUAAAGUUUAAAAUCAGUGAGGUAGGAGGUGGGAGAUGGGUUUGGGGAAGUGUUGAAGAAUGGUGUUGAGAUGAAGUGUAAAGACAGCGUGCAGGAGAGAUGUUGAGAUGUAGAGGAAACUGGGGGCGCGGUGGCGCAGCGGUAGAGUUGCUGCCUUAGAGUGCCAGAGUCCCAGGUUUGAUCCUAACUACGGGUGCUGUCUGUACGAAGUUUGUACGUUCUCUUUCUCCGU